AUGGCUGAGAUGGGUGGGCAUGAAGUGUCUGUGGUCAAUACACAGGCCCAGCCUGAUGUUGCUGAGGUCCCACAUGGACCAGCAAGGUUCCAGUGGACUGAUGCAAUUUUAGAUUUCAUGUUGCGCCAUUUUGUACAAUUUGUUCAGCAGGUUCUCAAGACUGAGAAGGGAUUCAAGGAGGUGCACCUAAACUCGGUGGCAAGGGAUGUGGCUGAGUACAGUGGACAACCUUGCACGGGCAACCAGGUUGUGGCGACUUGA